AUGGUUGCCUCGGAAUCUUACAAGGAGCUGGCCCGAUACCAAGCCGUCUUAGCAGAUCGACAACCCAUAACUAGCUCCAAUGGGUCUAAAGUCUUCGACACAGCUGAUGAAGAGCUGAGAAUGGCACCUCUUGUUUGGUGGGAGGUCAAGACUCAUUUCGAGCCGGGACAUCGACCCAACCGAGGUUACGGUGUACUAGGCCACAUACCAAAUGGAAGCAACAGCUCUGGGUUCGGGGAAGCGGCUCAGAUGAGUACUAAACGUACUCCGGUUCUUCUCAACAUUGAUUCCCCUUGGUCUGCAUUCCUGUGCGGCUCCCAAGGCUCUGGGAAAUCACACUCUUUAUCAUGUAUGCUGGAAAAUUGUCUCCUUUCCGAUCACACAAUUAUUCCUAAGAUUGGUUUCAAUCCUCACCAGCUUGCUGGACUGGUCUUCCACUACGAUAGAUGUCAGGGCAGCGGUGUGUGUGAAGCCGCCUAUCUUUGCACGAAUGUCCCGACUACAGUGCUUACAAUACUAAUAAUUCUCCGCGGAAUGGCCAUCGAGUCUCAGGGCCUCGCAACAUUCGAUUACGAGGUAUUCAAGCGAAAGCUAAACGACGUCCAGUUUGCCCGUGGUCAAGACGGCCCCAUGAGGCUACGUCUCGAUUUGCUUGAGUCUUUCAUGGAGAAGGAUCUCGACCAACAGCAGCCCAUGGCAAAGCAGCCCACUAAACGCCGCAAAAACCCUCCGCAUGCUCCUAAAACGAUCUUGGCCAUGACUGAGAAUGACUUCCUAAUUGGAACACCGGGAACCCUUACCAUCAUCGACCUGACGGAUCCUGUCAUUGACCCUGACGCAGCAUGUGCAUUGUUCGACAUAUGCCUCUCCGUGUUCAUCCAGCAGACGCAGUGCGGCAAAAUCGUCGCCUUGGACGAAGCGCAUAACUACAUGACGGAGAGUGGGAAUUCAGCAAAAACCUUUACUGAGAAGCUACUGCGGACUGUUCGGGAGCAGCGACAUCAGGCAGUAAGAGUUGUUGUUGCAACGCAAGAGCCCAGUAUCAACCCACAGCUUCUAGAUCUGUGCAGCAUCACCAUGGUGCAUAGGAGCACGAGCCCUGCGUGGUUCAAAGUACUAAAGCAACACAUCGCUGCUAUCUAUCUGAACUCACUUUCAUCUCCCAUGACUGCCGACGAGGACGACAAGACAGCAGAAAUUCCUCAAGACGACAAAGCGUUAUUCAACGAGAUAGUUAAGUUGAAGCUGGGAGAAAGCCUGCUCUUCUGUCCAACAGCUGCCUUCUCAGUGCUUGGAAGAGGAAUAAGGAGGAUGGAGGGAAUCUAUGUCAAGUUCAAGACCAGACAGCGUGUCACUGCUGACGGAGGGAAAAGUAAGCUCGCUGCUGAGACCUCCAAAGCAGACAGUGAAUCUGGACAAGUCGAAGAAAAUUGA